AUGUGUUUUGUGCGUGCCAAGUACGAUGCGGUGGGGGCAUGCUUGGUAAUGUGCCACAUGUACGAGGUGAAGGCUGAAGGUGAAGGCUCUCCAGAAAACGGGUGCAAGCCUUCAACACAAAAGUGGCAUGGUCAUAAAACUCACGGCGGCUCAUCAGAUUGCAGAGAAAACGACAAUGUGGACAGUCUUAUGCACUUUAUAGCCCCCGCUAUUACGUCGUAUCUCUGGGAGUGCGUCGACGUUGCAUCUAACAGGCACAUGCAGAAGAAUCAGUGA